AUUUUGACUAUUUCACUUAUUAUUUAUCAAUUUUGCAAAUUAUAGUCGUGAAAACUGUGUAUUUAUUUGACGAACAGUCGUAUCUGUAUUAGGUAUUUCCUGCAGCUUUCUGCCUCAAAGUGUCAUGGCGGUCGCACGUUUAAUUCGCUUCGAAGAUGGCGACCGAAUCUGCGGUCUAGUAGUUAUAUGUCGUUGGUUUGGUGGACAGAUGAAACUUACAAUACUUGCAUAUUAUAACAAGCGCUGAUAAACGUUUAAAAUAUUAAAAAUUCGAAAAAUUUUAUUCCAAUUUUGAACACGACCGUUUUCAAAUUUUGAAAUUCGAAAGUUAUUCUAUAUUCGAAUCGGAAAAAAUCGAAGUAAAUCGUUCGUAAGGAUUAUAAAAAUGCAUUUUAUUAGAUAUUUAUUUGCUUUGGAUUUUGUCAUUUAUUUAAAAUUAGACAGUUUCUUGUCCGAGGAAUCCAGCAUCUACCAAUUGCAAUCAGAUGUUUAUUCGGUACAAGGAAAUCUCAUAGAUGUAGUAUCUUAUGAAUUUUCCGAAAAUAAUGAUACAUUUUUCAACGUAUCAUUUUUCGUGUUUGGAAAAGGAAUUAAUCUUUAUCUACACAAAGACGAAUCCAUCUUAUCUUCAACAGCUGAAGUGUUACUAUACAAUGACGAUAAAGUAAAAAAGAUGUAUCUUCGAAGUUUAUCUGGUGCUUAUGUUCUUAAAGGAACAGUUAAUAACUGGAUCCAAUCUUCAGCCAUAGGUUACUUUAACAAAAGGGGAUUCGUAGGAAGAUUUAGUAUGGAUAAUGAAAUAUUCUACUUGGAACCUACGGAUGAAAGUUUUAUCUACGAUCCCAGUUUUAAGGAUAAGAAGACAUCUUUCGUCUAUAAACUAAAUGACGUGAUAAUAAAUGAUUUAUUCAAGGAAAAAAUAAAUUAUUGUGAAGAAAUGGACGAAAGAAAUUCUACUGAAAGUUAUAGUUCUAAACGACAUCACAACUGCACAGAUUCUGAAAUGUAUAACCCAAUGCUUUUAACUGAUAAAACAAGGUUUGAACGGAGAUGUUCUUUACAAUUAUUAGCUGAUCCCACAUAUCUGAAACGGAACAACUACAACUAUGAGACUACCAUUGCUGACAUGCUUUACUACGUUACCAUUGCCGAUCUCAUUUUUCGAAAUAUGGACUUGGAUGAAGAUGGAAAUCCUGAUGGAGUCGGAUUUUAUGUGGAAAAAAUUAUGAUUUUUCAAAAUGAAACUGUUCCAGGUUAUCCUUUACAUAAGACAGGAUUAAGCGACUAUGGCGAUUUUUUGAAAAGUUUAUCUUAUUAUAAUCAUUAUUAUUGCAUGAUGGUGUAUUUUUGUAUUAGAGAUUUCUGGAUUGAAUCGCAUUGUUCUUUUAAAAAAUUGAAUAAACUGGGAGGUAUUUGUGAAGAAGAUUCGGUAAACAACUGUGAAAUGAGAAGAAAUGUGGCUUAUGUUACAUAUUUAGAAAGACAGAAAGAAAUACCAAGAUUUAGAGUAGCUCUAAACUUGGCACAUCAAUUGGGUCACGCAUUUGGAUGCGUAGAUGAUCCUCCAGAGAGUAAACUUUGUACUCCAGAAGAAAAUGGCGGAAAUUAUAUCAUGCAUUCUUACGUUCCUUUUGGAACUCGUUCAAAUAAUUGGAAAUUUUCUGCUUGUUGUACGAGAACUGUUGCUGAGUAUAUGAAAAUGCACGAUAAAUGCCUCAGAAAAAUUGGAAAAUCGACAUGCGGUAAUGGAAUUAUUGAAAAAGAUGAAGACUGCGAUUGUGAUUAUUAUGGACAGGAAUGCAAAUUUUCUGAAUGUUGCAUUCCUAAAGAUUUACCGUUUGAAUGUACUUUCAAAGAAACAUGUUCACCACAGACUGCGGAAUGUUGCGAUAAUUCAUGUAAUAUUUCCGUGGAUAAAAACAGAACAUGCUUUAGUAACAUAAUUUGUUUCGACGCCUCCAGCACCUGCAAUGGCGAUUCUCCAUUUUGUUCUGGAACACUUCAACCGGACGGAACAGUCUGUUCGAGAUCUUAUCAAACCUGUCUUAAUGGAAUGUGUACGAGCGAUAUUUGCAAUGACCACGGGUUAGAACUUUGCCAGUGUUCCUCUAAAGACGAGCAAUGCUACAUAUGUUGUAAAUUGAAAUCCGGGAUUUGCAAACCUGCAAAAUCAUUCAACAUAUCCACAUCAGAUGGCCAUUUGUACUUGAAAAUGGAAGGGAUUCUUUGUGACCAGAACAGAGGAAUAUGCUUAAGAAACGGAACUUGCUUAACUAAAAAGGCAAUAAAAGUUGAAAACGAUAGUUACGGGAUAUGGUAUUAUCCUUCACUUAUAUUUUUUCUUAUAUUGGUGAUUGUUGCAUUAUAUUGCAUUCCUCGUGAUAAAGAGAAGAGUAAAAGUAUAAAAUGUUUGGAAAAUCAGCAAAUUUGCGCAGGAGAAGGAUCGAACGAACGAAAUAAACAUGCAGCUGAGAAAAAAUAUGAGAUAGACGAAAAACAAGACAUGUUUUACUACGACACAGAAGUAGAUGAUCGAAAUAUACUAAAAAGAAAAAAGAAAUGUAUUGUACAAACUUUACCCAAAAAGUAACAGAAAACAGAAGCGAAGUACAUGCCUGAAAUGCCAUGAUUAUUUUUCUGUUUUACAUAUUAACCACUUAAAAUAAUAAGUAAAAUUAUAAUAAAAUAUAUUUGUUAUUUACUGUUGAUUUAAUAAUUAAUUAAAUAUUCUUACAA